GCCUUUCGGUUUUCGGGGUUUUCGGCAUUCAGCUUUCGGUUUCCAUUUCAGCCCGGCUGGCUGGCUUUGUUGACAAAGUUAUUGCCUUUGGCUUAAUGACUUCGUAAUUGAUUUGCAUUCGAUGUGCCACAUUGAUUGGCAAUUGAAACGUAAGGCACCUCGACUCGUGGGCUCUCCAACGUCAACCACCAAAACACUCCAUAUACCCACUCCAGCCGCCGUUUCAGUGCCCACUCAUUGUCACCGUUGCUAAUCAGGACUCUCAAGGAUAGCCUGCCGUCUGCCAUGUCGCUGUCUGUGGCUAGCCGUCGUCGCCACCAGACGACGAACGCUCCUCCGUCGUCCACUUCCGUCCACGGCUCCUCCUCCACAGCCGGUCGCUAUCAGCUACCACUAAGUGUGAGGAAGCAGCACUCCUUCAUCGAGCCAGCGUCCAGGUUCUCCACCCAACAGAGGGGCUACCUUUCAAGAGGUCUCUCCGUUGGUCGAUCCAUCGAAAACAUUCGGCAGAAGUUGUACCCGGUCAGCCGGCAGUCAUCGUUGGCCGUGGAGGACUCUACUCCGAGGAUCGGCCCUCGCAUCACUGCCUCUCAGGUCCAGGGUCUGAGGCUGAGGGACAAGAGUCUAGUGGCCUGGUCAUCUACUUCCUCCUUGCUGAAGGAUCAGGAAACGGAGGGGCACAAGCAAGUGGAACUAGUGGACAGUAAAAUCAGCGCCAAGGCGGACAAGAAUCGGAUCAACCUGAACAUAGUCCUGUCCCAGACGAUCAGGGCGACCAACGAGCGGGAGCAGGAGCUUGACCCAGAGCCAGAGCCGGAGCCUGAUACGGAAACGGACGUCCCGGCCGUGGCUCAAGUCAUCCCUGAGAUACCUCUGAGCAUCUCGCCGGCACUGACCGUUCAGCGGCGUCCGCCCCUGGUCCGUGCUAUGUCCGCUCCCGUCCGCGGAUUGGACGAGACCAGUAAGGGCGUGAUUGCCGCCAGCAAGAGGAGCCAGCAGAAGCUGCGUCGCCGAAAGAUCUUCACCCGCACCGCCUCCUCUUCGGUGGGUGGCGGUGCCUCGGUUCCGGUUCUCGAUGUCAUCGGCGGUGGCGACUCCACCGGUGGCCCCGGCAGCGGAAACGGAAGCGGCGCCGGCUCCAAGAAGGCAUUGAACCGAGCACGAAGUGUAGUGGCGCCGGAUGUCAUUACCCUGGUCUCACUGUUGAGCUCCGAGGGCAGUGACUCUGAGCGGGAGGACAAUUGUUCAACGGUCGUGGCCAGCCCCCCCGCUAUCGGGGCGGAUAAGCAGACCCAGGGCGCCAACCAGCGGAGGGCGCCACUCCUGAGGAAAACGGGCAAAUCGGUCUCGUUUCAAGACAGCUAUCCGCCCACCUUUCAACUGGCCUCCAAGGAGUACUCUCACAUGAUACGCCGUGGAUCGAUAGCACCACUUGCAGCCAGGAUCCGAGCCAAUCGACCGCCCACAGCGCCGCCCGUUUCCAUCUUCUUGAGCGACGUCCAGGGCAAAAUGGAGCAGCCGGCGAAGAAGGAGGGCACCGCGGAUGAGAUGCCACCCACCAACAAUUCCCUAUCGCCAGAUGAGGCCAAAAAGGAGAACAACAACAAUGCAGCCAACUGCGAGGAUCAACAACAGCAGUCGCCGGAUCAAAACUAUCCGGCUUAUGUGCGCAGCUUGAAGGAGCGCGAGUGCUGGAAGUUGCACCAGAAAAUGGGAGCCAAGGGUGUAAAUGUCAGCUAUGAGACGGUUUUGAGGGGCAUGCUUACUCCAACCGAGUUUCGGCACUAUCAGAAGCAGCGCGAACAGGAGGAGGCCCGCAUCCUGGAGGAAGCCGAGGCUGCCGAAGCCGCUGCCGCAGCAGCAAUACUCGAAAGCGGAGAGAAGGACACACGGAAGUCGCCGGCCACGGCCAUCGAACGUCUCUCGGAGGCUCUGCUCCAAAGCAAAUGAAAUCCCUUCCGGAUACCAGUUCCAGUUUCCUGGACAGUGACCAUUAAAAAUGCAUUUUCCUCUACACAGAGAAAAAUAGAACAUUGGUUAUAUUUUGUCCUUCGUCCGAUUGUUGAAAUUUUUAACUUUUUA